AUGCUGCACUCAUCAGCGAUAGCAGGCGCCUGUGCGGGACUCGUCUCGUCCGUCGUCACAUGCCCCCUCGACGUCGUCAAAACGCGCUUGCAAGCGCAAGAAGGACGUCGGCGGCCCAUUGCAACAGGUGCACCUGCUGCAGUCGCAUCAAUACCCACCGCCGUCGAGCCACCAGGCUACCUCGGACUCACAGCGACGCUCCGCAAAAUUUGGCAUGACGACGGUUUCAAAGGCUUCUACCGUGGCCUUGGUCCCACCAUCUUCGGCUACCUGCCCACGUGGGCUAUCUACUUCACCGUAUACGACAGCUGCAAGUCCACGCUCGCCAACCACAACCUCACCGCAUCCGAGGACUUCCUCAACCACAUCGUGUCGGCCAUGACGGCGGGGGCCGCCUCCACCGUGUGCACGUCGCCGCUGUGGGUAGUCAAAACGCGCUUCAUGCUGCAGUCGGUCAAAGACACAAGCGUCAAGCCGUACCGCCACACGGGCGAUGCGUUUAUUCAGAUCUACAAAAGCGAAGGGCUGCGCGGAUUCUACAAAGGGCUGCUCCCGAGUCUGUUUGGCGUUAGUCACGUGGCGGUGCAGUUUCCUCUGUACGAGAGUUUUAAAUCGUUGGCCAGACGCACACAGGGCGAGGAUGCAGAGUUGGAAGCGAGCACCAUCCUGCUCUGCAGCAGCACGGCAAAGAUGAUCGCCAGCGUCACGACCUAUCCGCACGAAGUGUUGCGGACACGCUUGCAGAUGCAGCCGCGCAACAAGUCAAUAGCAGCCUCAGCACCCCCACUAUCAGCAGCACCGCCUACAGCCCCCACCGCAUCACCACCACACGGUACCAUCCCUUCAGCACCAGCACCAGCACCAGUAAGAGCCAGCCACGAACGGGCGCCAGCAGCUCCGAGUGCGGGACCAGGCGGACGGUACACCGGAGUGAUCCAGGCGUGCCAAACGAUUGCGCGGGAAGAAGGCCUCCGCGGCUUCUACAAGGGGAUGACGGUCAACCUGGUCCGCACCGUGCCUAGCUCGGCGCUGACCAUCCUGACGUACGAGCUGAUCAUGCAGCAUCUGACGCAACAGCAGCAGCAGCAGCAGCAGCAGCAGCAGCAGCAGGAGGCGGGUGAUGACGCGUAG